GUGUACAGUACUAACCUGCAGUACCUAAAAAUUCCAGCAGGGUAUCCCAAAAGCCGCUCAGUGUGUACUGUAUCAGCUUGCAAUACCUUAUCUCUUCCAGCAGGCGGUCUCUAGAGGGCGCAGAUCAGUGGGCCGGAUCAGCUGACGCAGCCUUUGGAUGUGAGUGCGGCUGUGCCCUCCCUUGUGCCGUUCAGUCCCGAUCAGUAGCCCGGAGGAAAUCGGCUUUGUGUCUCGGCGGUUUCCUUUUAUUCACAGCUGCCUGUAAUCGCGGAUAUUAAGGGUCGAUCGGUGGUGGAUCCGCAGCCAUGCUGCCCCAUAUAACGCUGCUUGUGCUGGCUGCCGGAGCGCUAGCGCUGGAGGUACCAGCAGAUGGAAAUGCCGGCCUGUUGGCAGAGCCACAGAUUGCUAUGUUCUGUGGCAAGCUGAAUAUGCACAUGAAUGUUCAGAAUGGGAAAUGGGAGACCGAUGUGUCUGGGACAAAGGGCUGCAUCGGAACCAAGGAGGGAAUCCUGCAGUACUGUCAGGACGUUUACCCAGAGCUGCAGAUUACCAACGUUGUUGAAGCCAACCAGCCGGUGACAAUCCAGAACUGGUGCAAGCGAGGGCGAAAGCAGUGCAAGAGCCGCACUCACAUUGUGGUCCCCUACAGAUGCCUAGUUGGGGAGUUUGUUAGUGAUGCUCUGCUUGUUCCAGACAAGUGCAAGUUCCUUCAUCAGGAAAGGAUGGACAUUUGUGAAACUCACCUGCACUGGCACACUGUGGCCAAAGAGUCCUGCAGUGAGAAGAGCAUGAGUCUCCAUGAAUACGGAAUGCUCCUCCCUUGUGGAAUCGAUAAAUUCAGGGGGGUGGAGUUUGUGUGCUGCCCCACUGCUGAUGAAAGUGAAAGCUUUGACUCCGCAGAUGCAGAGGAUGAUUCUGAUGUCUGGUGGGGAGGCGCCGAUGCAGAUUACAUUGACAGAAGUGAUGACAAGGCUGUAGAAGCCCAACCAGAAGAAGAAGAGGAAGUUGUAGAGGUGGAAGAGGAGGAAGCUGAUGAUGAUGAAGAUGAUGGGGAUGAAGCAGAGGAAGAACCCGAGGAGCCCUAUGAAGAAGCCACCGAAAGGACAACAAGUAUAGCCACUACCACCACUACUACUACAGAGUCUGUGGAAGAAGUUGUAAGAGAGGUGUGCUCUGAGCAAGCUGAGACUGGCCCUUGUCGAGCAAUGAUCCCCCGCUGGUAUUAUGAUGUGACGGAAAGGAAAUGCGCCCAGUUCAUUUAUGGAGGCUGUGGCGGGAACCGAAACAACUUUGACUCUGAGGAUUACUGCAUGGCAGUCUGUGGCAGCGUCAUUCCCGCCACAGCGGCCAGCACCCCAGAUGCAGUUGACAAGUACCUGGAAAACCCUAAUGAUGAAAAUGAACAUGACCGCUUCCUGAAAGCAAAGGAGAGGCUGGAGGGCAAGCACAGGGAGAAGAUGUCUGAGGUGAUGAAGGAAUGGGAGGAAGCUGAACGCCAGGCAAAGAACCUUCCCAAGGCUGACAAGAAGGCAGUAAUACAGCAUUUCCAGGAGAAGGUUGAAUCCCUAGAACAAGAAGCUGCAAAUGAAAGGCAGCAACUGGUUGAGACCCAUAUGGCACGCGUGGAGGCCAUGUUAAACGAUCGCCGAAGAAUUGCCCUGGAGAACUACAUCACUGCUCUGCAAGCUGAUCCUCCACGGCCCCGCCAUGUUUUCAACAUGCUGAAGAAAUACGUGCGGGCAGAGCAGAAGGACAGACAGCACACUCUCAAACACUUCGAGCAUGUCCGAAUGGUAGAUCCCAAGAAGGCAGCUCAGAUCCGAUCUCAGGUUAUGACGCACCUUCGAGUGAUCAACGAGAGAAUGAACCAGAGCUUCUCACUCCUUUACAAGGUGCCGGCCGUGGCUGAGGAAAUCCAAGAUGAAGUCGAAGAACUAUUCCAAAAGGAGCAAAACUACUCGGAUGACAUGGUGUCCAACAUGGUGAGCGACCACAGAAUCAGCUAUGGAAACGAUGCCCUUAUGCCUUCUCUCACCGAGACCAAGACCACCGUCGAGCUUCUUCCAGUAGAUGGAGAGUUCAACGUAGAGGACCUGCAGCCCUGGCAUUCAUUCGGUGUGGACUCCGUUCCUGCAAAUACUGAGAACGAAGUCGAACCAGUGGACGCCCGCCCUGCUGCAGAUAGAGGGCUCACUACACGGCCAGGCUCAGGACUUACUAAUAUUAAAACAGAAGAAAUCUCCGAGGUCAAAAUGGAUUCUGAAUACAGACACGAUGCCGCCUAUGAAGUGCACCAUCAGAAACUGGUCUUCUUUGCCGAAGAAGUGGGAUCAAACAAAGGAGCCAUCAUAGGUCUGAUGGUGGGAGGCGUUGUCAUAGCAACAGUGAUAGUCAUCACUUUAGUGAUGCUGAAGAAGAAGCAGUACACAACGAUCCAUCAUGGUGUAGUAGAGGUGGAUGCCGCCGUGACACCAGAAGAGCGCCACCUCACCAAGAUGCAACAGAACGGCUACGAGAACCCAACAUACAAGUUCUUCGAACAGAUGCAGAACUAAGAUCUCCGUGCAGCCGGCGGUGGUGGUGGGGGGGCCCCUCUCGAAUCAGACAGCCUCACCGCUCGCCGGCGUUCCGCUCUAUACAUAUAUAAAUAUAGGAAAACAGAAAAAAAAAGAGUCAUCUUGUUGAGAGAAUUAAAAACACAAACCACACCCAUCCACCGCCGUUUCAUCAUUUUCCUCCUUUUCCCGCCUUUUUUGACAGCUGUGCUGUAACACAAAGUAGAUGCUUGAACCCCGAAACGAAUAAGUGCGCAAUCAGUAAGCGUAUUCUCUUAACAUUUGCGUCUCGGCGCCACAUUAUCAAUGAAUGUUUUUGUGUACUGUAAGGAGUUUAGCUGUCUCGAACUAAUGCAUGCCUAGCCCCCCUCUCCCCAUUAUUUAUCAUGUUGUUCCAGUUGUAUAUUAUUCUUGUGAUUUGUGACAAAAACAACAAAAAAAACAAAAACCUGAUGAAGUCCUGAUCGAAAUCUGCUUUACAAAUGACAAGGGAUGGCAUUUUAUGUAUGUAAGGCUCCGCUGCUUCCCUUCGCCCAGUACCAUUUCUUUUCUAACGCCGCUAUGCAUUUGAAAUUUCCGUUUUUGUUUUUUUUUUACGUAUUCCAUUAAAUCGACCGAUUUUAUUAUUUUUUUUUUUUUUGUUCUCUCUAUCUACCGUGUUCUUGUACAGAUCGUUCUCCUGUGUUAGUGGUGUAGAAAAUCAUGGGAAUUACACAUUCGUUUCUUUGUGCCUGUUUUAUGUGCACACUUUAGGAAUUGCGAAAAAAAAAAGGAAAAAAAAUCAAAAUCACAAAAAAAAAAAAUCUAUAUAUAAAAAGUAUAAUUUUUUUUUUCUUUUUCAUGUACCUUUUUUUUUUUCUUUUGAGCUCAAACCUCAUUUAGUACUGGAUGUGCCUGCGACACAAUGUUUUGCAGUUCCUUCCAGCUUUUAAGGGGGGUUGUUGGACGUCUCUCUUGUAAUUCUAAGCACUUUUUUUAGGGAAAGGAAAAAAGUGCCCAGCUGGUUGAAAAUUAGCAGAGAUUCUUUACAAAAAUUAAAAAAAAAAAACUUUCUGCUGGAUGAUUGUACAGAAUCAUUGCUUAUGAACUAAUAGCUUUCUACACUGUGUUACAUAAAUAAAUUUAAAAAAAAAAUCGGA